GGGCCGGGCCGGGACGGGGGCGGCGGCGCGCCGGGCCCGGGAUGGCGAUGUUCCGCAGCCUGGUGGCCUCGGCGCAGCAGCGGCAGCCGCCGGGCGGGCCCGCGGGCGGCGACGGCGGCCUGGAGGCGCAGUUCAGCUGCCCCAUCUGCCUGGAGGUGUACCACCGGCCCGUGGCCAUCGGCGGCUGCGGCCACACGUUCUGUGGCGAGUGUCUCCAGCCGUGCCUGCAGGUGCCGUCCCCGCUGUGCCCCCUGUGCCGCCUGCCCUUCGACCCCAAGAAAGUGGACAAGGCCGCCCACGUGGAGAAGCAGCUCUCAACCUACAAGGCGCCCUGCCGGGGUUGCAGCAAGAAGGUGACGUUGGCCAAGAUGAGGGUGCACGUGUCCUCCUGCGCGAAGGUCCAGGAGCAGAUGGCCCACUGCCCCAAGUUCGUCCCUGUGGUGCCCACAUCACAGCCCAUCCCCAGCGCCAUCCCCAACAGGUCCACCUUCGCCUGCCCGUACUGCGGCGCCCGCAACCUGGACCAGCAGGAGCUGCUGAGGCACUGCGUGGGCAACCACCGCAGCGACCCCAACCGCGUGGUGUGUCCCAUCUGCUCAGCCAUGCCCUGGGGUGACCCCAGCUACAAGAGCGCCAACUUCCUGCAGCACCUGCUUCACCGGCACAAGUUCUCCUACGACACGUUCGUGGACUACAGCAUCGACGAGGAGGCCGCCUUCCAGGCCGCCCUGGCCCUGUCUCUGUCCGAGAACUGAGGGCGCAGCCCAGCGCUGGACGAGUCCUCCCGCGGCGGCCGGGCCGAGCUCCCUCUGCCGCAGCCACGCGCCUGCACAGAACGCGCCGCCGGUGCCGGGCGGAGAGCUGCCCCCAGCCCCGCAGAGGGCGGCCCCCACUGUGCUCGGGCUGAGUGUCCCUGGCCGCUUCGGUGCUUCGGCCAAGUAGGCGGCCCCGCCAUGCCGGCCGCGGGGGAGGGCAGCCGUCGGUCCGUCUGUCUCAGUCGCAGCGUGGUGUCCUCCCCGAGCGGACAGGGCCUGCUGGCCGCUGCGGUGUCCUCGGCCGCUGCUGAGCGGGGCCUCGCAGGCGUCUGGCCACCACCACGCGUUUGUACUGGCUUUUGUGAUACUAGAAAUUCUGGCAUUUUCUAUAUUAUCCGGUGUGACGACCUUUUCACGUUUUAUAGAGCAAAGACAGCCGCACCCUUCAUAUUGCAAUAUCUGUGUUUGACUAGGAACAAUAGUAUUUUUAUGGAACAUUUGGAAAAUUAUAUUUUUUAAAAAAAGCAAUGAAAAAUCAGCAGGCGCGGGGUGGAGCCGCACAGGCGCGCAGAGGGACGUGGCGCUCGGGCCGGGCCUGCCGCCACAGCCACAAGGCGCUCCCAGCCUCCCGCCCGCAGGCGCCCGGAAGACAGGACACUGCAGGAGGCGCGGGGCCUUCCCUGGCAAACGGCUGGCCUCUGGCUGUGACCUCCCCAAAGCCGGCCACGGCCCGCCUCGGGCAGUGCUGGGAUGGGCGGAGCAGGCCGAGGGCUCCUUGGUACUCGCUCAGUUCAAGGCAUCCAUUCCUGUCGUGUUUUUAAAGAAUUAAAUAAAAUGUUUCAAAGCAUCU